AUGACCGAGCCGAAACAGACCACUGACCGCUACGGAGAAGUGAGUGACUUUGAAGAGGAGGAAAGCCAAGCAGGUCAGCAGGAUGAGCCAGAGGAGACGGGACCAAUUGUGACGCUGGCCCCAAGUACAUUCACCGCAAAGCUGUCAAGCCAGCCAAGUAGAAAAAGCUCCAAGAGCUCCAACGUCUCUGAUGGGCGCAAAGCAAACCUGGAAGCGGUGAAUGAAGAUGGAGCUGGCUAUAGCAGAGCUGGCCAGGCACCUCCCGCCACCGCCCAGACAAAGCGAUACGACAGAUAUGCAGAAGGCAGCGAUUCAGCGGAAGAUAGUGAGGAUGAUCAGGCUGCAGCACCCUCCAAGGCGGCGACACCGGGAGGUGCACUAGGUGCACAACCCAAAGCAGGUCCUCAAAGCGAAUCCGGCCCCAGCAGAGCUGGCCAAGCACCUCCAGCCAGCGCCGCACCAAAGCCAAUCGACAGAUUUGCACAAGGUAGCGAUUCAGAGGAAGAUAGCGAGGAGGAUGAUCAGGCUGCAGCACCCCCCAACGCGGCGCCACCCGGUGAUGCACAACCAAACGAAGGUCUUCAAAGCGAAUCUGGCCCCAGCAGCGCCGCACCAAAGCCAAUUGACAGAUUUGCACAAGGUAGCGAUUCAGAGGAAGAUAGUGAUGAGGAUGAUCAGGCCGCAGCACCCCCCAAAGCGGCGCCGCCGGGUGCACAACCCAAGGCAGGUCCUCAAAGCGAAUCUGGCCUCGGCAGAGCUGGCCAAGCACCUCCAGCCAGUGCCCCACCAAAGCCGAUCGACAGAUUUGCACAAGGUAGCGAUUCAGAGGAACAUAGUGAUGAGGAUGAUCAGGCUGCAGCACCCCCCAAAGCGGCGCCGCCGGGUGCACAACCCAAGGCAGGUCCUCAAAGCGAAUCUGGCCUCGGCAGAGCUAGCCAAGCACCUCCAGCCAGCGCCGCACCAAAGCCAACCGACAGAUUUGCACAAGGUAGCGAUUCAGAGGAAGAUAGUGAUGAGGAUGAUCAGGCCGCAGCACCCCCCAAGGCGGCGCCACCGGGAGGUGCACAACCAAAGGCAGGUCCUCAAAGCGAAUCUGGCCUCGGCAGAGCUGGCCAAGCACCUCCAGCCAGCUCCGCACCAAGGCCAAUCGACAGAUUUGCACAAGGUAGCGAUUCAGAGGAAGAUAGCGAUGAGUUUGAUCAGGCUGCAGCACCCCCCAAGGCGGCGCCACCGGGAGGUGCACAACCAAAGGCAGGUCCUCAAAGCGAAUCUGUCCUCGGCAGAGCUGGCCAAGCACCUCCAGCCAGCACCGCACCAAGGCCAAUCGACAGAUUUGCACAAGGUAGCGAUUCAGAGGAAGAUAGCGAUGAGUUUGAUCAGGCCGCAGCACCCCCCAAGGCGGCGCCACCGGGAGGUGCACAACCAAAGGCAGGUCCUCAAAGCGAAUCUGGCCUCGGCAAAGCUAGCCAAGCACCUCCAGCCAGCGCCCCACCAAAGCCGAUCGACAGAUUUGCACAAGGUAGCGAUUCAGAGGAAGAUAGUGAUGAGGAUGAUCAGGCCGCAGCACCCCCCAAAGCGGCGCCGCCGGGAGGUGCACAACCAAAGGCAGGUCCUCAAAGCGAAUGUGGCCUCGGCAGAGCUGGCCAAGCACCUCCAGCCAGCGCCCCACCAAAGCCAAUCAACAGAUUUGCACGAGGUAGCGAUUCAGAGGAAGAUAGUGAUGAGGAUGAUCAGGCUGCAGCACCCCCCAAGGCGGCGCCACCGGGAGGUGCACAACCAAAGGCAGGUCCUCAAAGCGAAUCUGGCCUCGGCAGAGCUGGCCAAGCACCUCCAGCCAGUGCCCAACCAAAGCCAAUAGACAGAUUUGCACCAGGUGGCAAAUUAGAGGAAAGUUAUGAGGAUCAGGCCGCAGCACUCGCCAAGGCGGCGCCACCUGGAGGUGCACAACCAAAGGCAGGUCCUCAAAGCGAAUCUGGCCCUAGCAGAGCUGGCCAAGCACCUCCAGCCAUUGCCCAACCAAAGCCAAUUGAUAGAUUGGCACAGGCGGUUCCACCACCGCAGCCAGCAGCAGCUGAACGCCCAGCUGCUGGCCAAGCAUUGCAAGCGCAGGAGCAUGCAUCGCCAAGCCAGCCUGCACGAUCUGUCAAAGGGGCCAAAGCCGCACCAUCUCCGAAUGGCCUCUCCCAGUACUUUACCAGGCCGCCGAAACCACAGCGACACCCCAACCCGCCCAAGGAUCCGCGGGAAAAGGUGAAGGCAGCGAAGCCUGCGGCGGAGGAACCUGACGGAGUGCCAAUUGAGGGAGUGCCACGGCCACCUGAUCCUCUUCCUUCCUCUCCUGCAGCAUCUAACCCUCGUUGCCUCUCCCGGCUUGGUCAGUACUUUACCAGGCCGCCGAAACCACAGCGACACCCCAACCCGCCCAAGGAUCCGCGGGAAAAUGUGAAGGCAGCGAAGCCUGCGGCGGUAGAACCUGAGGGAGUGCCACCUGAGGGAGUGCCACCUGAGGGGGUGCCACGGCCACCUGAUCCUCUUGCUUCCUCUCCUGCAGCAUCUAACCCUCGUUGUGUUCCUGAGAUCCCCAGCCUGCCAGGAUUGGAGGAUUUGGACUCGGUGGUCACCCAGAUGGCCUGCGGCACUCAGCACAGGGAUUUGGGCCUCAUCCUGGCACGAAGCUAUAUGGAGCUGCAGGCGAAUCGGCUGCCACAGAACAUGCUCGCCUUCAGCCCAGUUCUGGAGAAGAAGCCGCCGGUGGUGGCACCGCUGAGUCUGCAGGACCUGGCGCAAAGGCCAAAGAGGGCGCAGAAGCCUAGCCCAAGAGAGGCUCCGCUGCAGGACCUCUUCAAAGGGCGCGUGCGACCAUUGCAAGAGCAGGAGCGGGUUGUGGAGCAAAGCUUUGGGCUUCGACCUUGCAGUAGUCUUUCCCAACCCGGACUUUGA